UGUCCUUCGUGCUCGCCCCCCUACGCCCGUCGUCGGCUCUCUUCCCUACCACCACCAUCUCUUCGUCCUCUAGGUCGUUCAGAAUGCGUUCCUUCGCCCUCGUAGCUGCCCUCUCUGCGGUCGUCGCCGCCUCGGCGAAGCAAAUCGUCAUUACGGUCGGCGCGAACACUACCGCCAACGCGAGCACGAUCUUCUCGCCUGCGGAGGUCACUGCUGUCAUUGGCGACACUGUCCUGUUCAACUUCACCCAGGGGAACCACAGUGCGACCCAGUCGACGUUCGCGUCGCCGUGCAUCCCCGCACACGACACGAACUCGACGAUCAACGGGUUCAACUCGGGCCUCCGCCCGACCAACAACGGCACGGCCAUCACGAACCUCCCCGUGACGAUCACGACGAACGACACGAUCUGGUUCUACGACAUCGCGACGUGCGCCCUCGGCGGUGUCGGCGGCAUCAACGUGAACGAGUCCAGCACGGAGACGCUCGACGGGUUCAUCCGCAACGCGAUCCGCCUGAACGGCACCGCGACCUCCACCUCCGCGUCCGCGAGCGCGACGGCGCCGAGCGGGACCGGGUCGAGCACGCGCUCCUCCAGCACGGCGUCCGCGACCGGCGGCAGCAACGGCGCAGACCGUGCCGUCGUGGGCGCGUUGGCCGCACUCCCAAUGGCGCUCAUCGCGCUCGUGCUCUGAGCACCCCCCGCCCUGGUGAGGGAAAACCUACAUAGAGACACGCGAUCCCUUAUACCCCCGCCUGCCCCGCACACUGCCGCUGCACGGACACGAACACGAUUCGACUCGGGCCCGUACGCUUGUCCGUCUGCUCUCUUGUGCUCCCUGCCUGCGUUGUUCCUCGCUCUUGUCCUUUAUCUGGUACAAUGCGUGGCUCCGACUGCACCCCCCCUGCUACUACUUACUAUACCGUCUUUACUCGGCCGAUUUUGUGUUGUGUGUGUGUGUGUGUGACCAUUCAUGUUACGGUUGCUGUUGUGCUUGUUUGUCUGUUUGUUUUUCCUGUUGUAUCUGCGUGUAUCUACCCCGUACAUAGCC